AAAAACAUACACCAAAGCUAUAUAUACCUGGAGAUAUAGUAUAAUUUUUCGAUCGUCCUAAGCCCUCGGAUCAGAAUCUGAUCAUGGACAAGGUGAUGAGAAUGUCGUCGGAGAAAGGAGUUGUGAUCUUCACCAAAAGCUCAUGUUGUCUCUGCUACGCCGUGCAAAUCCUUUUCCGUGAUCUUAGGGUUCAACCAACUAUCCACGAGAUCGACAACGAUCCUGACUGCCGUGAGAUCGAAAAGGCCUUAGUCCGCCUUGGCUGCGCCAACGCCGUUCCUGCCGUCUUUGUAAGUGGCAAGCUCGUGGGUUCGACCAACGAUGUCAUGUCGCUUCACCUAAGUGGCUCUCUCGUUCCUUUGAUCAAGCCCUAUCAGUCAUUUCACAACUAGAAAAACAAUGGAUAUAUAUAUGCUCAAACAAUAUAUAUAUAUAUAUAUAUAUAUUUAGUAUAUGUUAACUGGAUAGUGAGAAUAACGAUGGAAAGAUCACACGUAAAUGUGUAUCAGGUUCUUAUUUAUAUAUAGCUAGUUUUCAUAUUUUGUCUAGCUUAAGUAUGCCUAAGAAAUCAAUUAGCUAGCUUUGUAUUUCCAGCUCAACUAAUCAGUGGAUGUACUGAUGUGUUUAUCUAUUUUAUUGGAAAAAUUAUUGAUCCUAUAUAUGUUUAUUAUGUA